UGGAUCGUGAAUAAUAACCACGACGACCACGACAACGACGCCGCUGCUGCUGCUGUUGCCGCUGCUGCUGCCGCUGCUGUUGCCGCUGCUGUUGCUGCUUCUGCUGUUGCUGCUGUUUAACGCCACGGGCGCCGUGAAGGCGGCGAUGGUGACGGCUCGGACGAGCGCUUAGCAUCUGCUCGGGUCUGACGCGGAGAAGGAAGCAGCAGGAGGAGGAGCUCGCACCGCGUAGAAGCUUCACAGAGGAACGGGAGAAGCGGGUAGAAUGGAGCCUCCCUCGGGUGAAAUGUCAAGCCUGCAGCUGGCAGCCAGCAGUGGCCUGGGUGGCAGCCGCUUCCAAGUGAACGUGGUGGAGGAGGAGGCGGCCGCCGCCGCUGCCGCAGCCGCGGCCGCCGCCGCAGCGGCCGCGGACGGCGGGGGGCAGCCGGAGCGGGGAUCGCAGGAGCCGCCGGGCACCCAGGAGGAAGCGCAGGAGGGAGCUCGCGAGGACGGGCCGGAGGAGCGAGGGGAGCAGCAGCAGAAGAAGCAGCCGCCGCACGGCAACCUGAGCGACCCGAGCCACAAGGAGGAGGGCGGCAAGGCCGGGCGCUUCCGCGUGAACUUCGUCAACAGCCGCUCGCGCAGCAACAGCAGCAGCAGCGGCGGCGGCGGCGGGGCCGGCGGGGAGACGUCGCGCAGCGAGGGCAGCUACCACGCGUACGACACGCACACCAACACCUAUUACCUGCGCACGUUCGGCCACAACACCAUCGACGCCGUGCCGCACAUCGACUUCUACCGCAACGCCGGCUCGCACCUGGGCGACAAGCUGGUGCGGCCCACGCUCGCCGAGCUGCACGACGAGGAGCAAGGGGACGGCAUGGGAGACAUGGACGGGCUGGUGAACGGAGAAGGCGCCUCCGCAGGGAGCGCCACCCUGCUGCAGACGGGCGACCAGGGCGGCGUCGUCAAGUUCGGCUGGAUCAAGGGGGUGCUGGUGCGUCACCGGCGGCUUCCGCACGGCACGCUGACGAUCCACCAAAACACACGCACGCCGCUGGCUCGCCGGGCUCUCGACAAUGCCAGGGCAAACCUGAACCCACUCACUCAGAUAAAUCCAACCUACUGGCCGCCCGAUGCGCCAGCUCGCUCGUUCACUCGCUCGCUCGCCUACCUGCUCGCCCCUCGCACUUCACUGCCUAUUCGGUAAACUUCCCUCCUCAAC